CAGUCCUUGUCUCUUGAACUGGGUGCUGAUCUGCGGUUCCCUGUUCAACUCUUCCUACUCUAGGACCAUCUAAGCGUCUCUGCAGCAUCCUCUGUCACCCUGUGACCUGCAAGUACUCAGAGAUUUGUAGGGAGGACACUGGGACAUCCCGGAAGCUGGGAAAUGGAACUGUUCACAUUCAAGGACGUGUCUAUAGAGUUCUCUAUGGAUGAGUGGGCCUGCCUGGACCCUGCUCAGCAAACUUUGUACCAGGACGUCAUGUUGGAGAAUUACAGGCACCUGGUCUUCCUAGGUCUUACACUCCCUAAGCCCAACCUCAUCACCUGUCUGGAGAAAAGCAAAGAACCCUGGAAUGUGAAGACACACCAGAAAGUAGUCAAGCUCCCAGCCAUAUCUAACCAUCCUGACCAAGACCAUUUGCAAGAUCUAGACAUAAAUAUUUUAUUUCCAGAGAUAAUCCUGAAGAGAUAUCGAAGCUGUGCACCUGACAGUUUAAACUCAACAAAAGACUGGGCGAGUAUGUCUGCAUGUAAGCACCAGAAAGUAUGUGACAGUGGACUUGACCACUGUUUAAUGUCUACCCAAACCAAAAUCUUCCAAUGUAGCAAAUGUUUGAAAGUCUUCACACAAUUGUCAAAUCUAAGAAGACAUAAGAUGAUAUAUACCGUAGGGAAAACGUUUCACUGUAUAAAGUAUGGGAACGCCUCUAACCCAUGCUCUGUUGCUACACAUGAGAUAAUUCAUAUUGGAGAAAAACAAUACAAAUGUAAAGAAGGUAGCAAAGUCUUCAAAUCUUGUUCAAGCCUAUCUAAGCAUAAGAGACGUCAUAAUGGAGAGAAACUGUACAAGUGUGAAAAUGAGGGCAAUCUUAGCCACAGAUCAAAAUAUCAUAAACAAAAGAGUAUUGAUAGUGGAGGAAAACCCUACAACUAUGAACACUGUGACAAACUUACCAAGCAAUACUCACACCUUUCUGGACAUAAAAUAAUUCAUUCUGGAGAGAAGCCCUACAUAUGUCAACAUUGUGGCAAAGCCUUUAACAAGUACUCAAACCUGUCUGUACAUCAAAGAAUUCAUUCUGGAGAGAAACCCUACAAAUGUCAACAAUGUGGCAAAGCCUUUAAACACUACUCAACCCUUUCUGUACAUCAAAGAAUUCAUUCUGGAGAGAAGCCCUACAAAUGUCAAGAAUGUGGCAAAGCCUUUAAUGAUAAUUCAGCCCUUACUAAACAUAAAAGAAUUCAUUCUGGAGAGAAACCCUACAAGUGUCAACAAUGUGGCAAAGCCUUUAACCAGUACUCAAACCUUUCUGUACAUGAAAGAAUUCAUUCUGGAGAGAAACCCUACAAAUGUCAACAAUGUGGCAAAGCCUUUAACCAGUACUCAACCCUUUCUAUACAUGAAAGAAUUCAUUCUGGAGAAAAACCGUACAAAUGUCAACAAUGUGGCAAAGCCUUUAACACGUACUCAGCCCUUUCUAUACAUGAAAGAAUUCAUUCUGGAGAGAAGCCCUACAAAUGUCAACAGUGUGGCAAAGCCUUUAAUAAUAAUUCAGCCCUUACUAAACAUAAAAGAAUUCAUUCUGGAGAGAAACCCUACAAAUGUCAACAAUGUGGCAAAGCCUUUUACACCUACUCAAACCUCUCUGGACAUCUAAGAAUUCAUUCUGGAGAGAAACCCUACAAAUGUCAACAAUGUGGCAAAGCCUUUAACACAUACUCAACCCUUUGUAUACAUGAAAGAAUUCAUUCUGGAGGAGAGAAGCCCUACAAAUGUCAACAAUGUGGCAAAGCCUUUAACACGAACUCAGCCCUUUCUAUACAUGAAAGAAUUCAUUCUGGAGAGAAGCCCUACAAAUGUCAACAAUGUGGCAAAGCCUUUAAUAAUAAUUCAGCUCUGACUAAACAUAAAAGAAUUCAUUCUGGAGAGAAGCCCUACAAAUGUCAACAAUGUGGCAAAGCCUUUAAUAAUAGUUCAGCUCUUACUACACAUAAAAGAAUUCAUUCUGGAGAGAAGCCCUACAAAUGUCAACAAUGUGACAAAGCCUUUAAUAAUAGUUCAGCCCUUACUACACAUAAAAGAAUUCAUUCUGGAGAGAAACCCUACAAAUGUCAACAAUGUGGCAAAGCCUUUUACACAUACUCGAACCUCUCUGGACAUCUAAAAAUUCAUUCUGGAGAGAAGCCCUACAAAUGUCAACAAUGUGGCAAAGCCUUUAACCAGUACUCAACCCUAUCUAUACAUCAAAGAAUUCAUUCUGGAGAGAAGCCCUACAAAUGUCAAGAAUGUGGCAAAGAUUUUCCUUGGUAUUCACGCCUUUCUAUACAUAAAAGAAUUCAUUCUGGAGAGAAAUCCUACAAAUGUCAAGAAUGUGGCAAAGCCUUUCACCAUAAUUCAUACCUUUCUGUACAUCAAAGAAUUCAUUCUGGAGAGAAACCCUACAAAUGUGAACAUUGUGGCAAAGCCUUUAACCGUUACUCACACCUUUCUAGACAUCAACAAAUUCAUUCUGGAGAGAAACCCUUCAAAUGUCAAGAAUGUGGCAGAGCCUAUCAUCAUAAUUCAGACCUUUCUGUACAUCAAAGAAUUCAUUCUGGAGUGAAACCCUUUAAAUGUCAAGUAUGUGGCAAAGCUUUUAAUAAUAAUUCAGCCCUUACUAAACAUAAAAUAAUUCAUUCUGGAGAGAAACCCUUCAGAUGUCAAGAAUGUGGCAAAGCCUUUCACCGAAACUCAUAUCUUUCUGUACAUCAAAGAAUUCAUUCUGGAGAGAAACCCUACAAAUGUCAACAAUGUGGCAAAGCCUUUAACCGUCACUCACACCUUUCUGUACAUCAAAGAAUUCAUUCUGGAGAGAAACCCUUCAAAUGUCAAGAAUGUGGCAAAGCCUUUAAUGAUAUUUCAGCCUUUAUUAAACAUAAAAGAAUUCAUUCUGGAGUGAAACCCUUCAAAUGUCAAGAAUGUGGCAAAGCCUUUAACCGUCAUGCACACCUUUCUAGACAUCAAAGAAUUCAUUCUGGAGAGAAACCCUUCAGAUGUCAAGAAUGUGGCAAAGCCUUUCACCAUAACUCAUAUCUUUCUGUACAUCAAAGAAUUCAUUCAGGAGAGAAACCCUUCAAAUGUCAAGAAUGUGGCAAAGCCUUUACUUUUAGGUCAUCCCUUACUAAACAUGAAAGAAUUCAUUCUGGAGAGAAACCCUUCAGAUGUCAACAAUGUGGCAAAGCCUUUAACCAGUACUCAAAUCUUUCUAGACAUCAAAGAAUUCAUUCUGGAGAGAAACCCUUCAAAUGUCAAGAAUAUGGCAAAGCCUUUAAUGAUAUUUCAGCCCUUAUUAAACAUAAAUGAAUUCAUUCUGGAGAGAAACCCUACAAGUGUCAGUGAUGUGGCAAAGUCUUUAACCAGUACUCAGGCCUUUCUGUACAUAAAAGAAUUCAUUGUGGAGAGAAGCCCUACAUAUGUCAACAAUGGGGCAAAGCCUUUCAUGUUAAUUCAACCCUUACUAGACAUCAAAAACUUCAUUCUGGAGGGAAACCCUAGAAACGUUAAGAAUGUGCCAAAUCCUUUCCCCAGUAUUUGUGCCUUUCUGAACAUCAAAGACUUCAUUCUGGAGAGAAACCAUGCAAAUGUCAACAAUGUGGCAAACCCUUUAAUUAGUACUCAAACAUUUCUGUACAUGAAUUCUUUCUUGAGACAAACCCUACAAAUGCCAAGAAUGUGGCAAAGUUUUUAACCAAUACUCAGGCCUUUCUUGUGCAUAAAAUAUUCAUUCUUGAGAGAAACCAUAUAAAUAACAGUGUGGCAAAACCUUUAAUCAGUAUAUGAACCUUUCUGUACAUAAUAUAAUUUAUUCUGGAAAGAAACCUUAUAAAUAUGAACAGUGUGGCAAACCCUUUAACUCACAUUCAACCUCACUGCCCAUAAAAUAAACCAUACAGGAUAGAAAUCUUCAGAAUAUGAAGAAUGUUGUAGUACCUUUACCUGGUGUUGAUAACUUGCUAGGCAUAAAAGAAUUCACAUUAGUGAGAAAUCCCACAACCGUGAACAGUGUGGUAAUACCCUUAAUUGGAACUCAAACCUUACUACACAUAACAAAAUUCAUACUGUAGAGAAAUCUUACAGAUGUGAAUAAUGUGGCAAAGGUUUCUCCUCGUCUUCAGCCCUUAUUAGACAUAAGAGAAAUCAUCCCAGAGAAAAAAUGUAACAACAUGAAGACAUGGUAAAGCCUAAUGCCAAUACUCAAGUUUUCAGAACACAAUAGAAUUCAUGUGGAAGAGAAACUACAAAUGUGAAGAACUUGACAGAUGUUUAACUUUUGCUCAAACCAUUGUAUAAAUGAAAACUUUAUAACAGAGAAAUCUCCUACAAAUGUGAGGAGAGUUUUGAAUCCUAUAACCACUACUCACACAUUUCAGUCCAUAGCAGAAUUCAUAAAGAAAUUGUAUAUAUGUGAAGAAUGUGACAAUGUCUUUAAAUGUUUCUCAUGCUUUUCUAAUCACAAUUCAUAUGAAUGAAAUACUCUACAAAUGUCAAUCAUGUGUCAAAGCCUUAAAGUUCUGUUUAUCCUGUUAGGUAGGGCUGAGGAGAGACAGGGUCAGAUAAUACUAGGAGAUCCUUUGUCUAUCAUAAGAGGAAAAAAAUGACCAGAGGGGGCUUCCACGAAAGAUAAGCUGGCAUUUUAGGAAGGCUUCCAAAAAGGGAACUGAUGUUUGCUCUACAAAAAUAAGUCACAGAGGUUGAGAGGCCACAUUGUGGACAUAUAGCCAAAGCCACAAAAAGGGAUGUUUGGAUCAUGGGUUCAAGGAAUGUGACUGUAAGCUCAAGUGAUCUAUUUUUAUUAACAUAGUAUUAUUUGUACCAGUUCUAUCACACUACACAAAUACAAUGAUAACUGCUGAAAAUUGCCUUACUGGGAUAGGAAAUGGGAAGACACUCCUUUCUGGAAGUUUUCCCUCCUUUCAGGAAAAAUCAUAAAUAUUUACCCCCACACCACUUAACAUAGAAUUGGAAAGUGUAUGUAAAGAAAAAGCAUCUUACUAAACCCACAGUUUUCUCCAAUUGAAAGAUGUGUUCAUUCUGUGGAGUGUACUGUGCUCUAAUAAAGUUUGA